AUGUCGUCCCCUUCGGUUUCUGCAAUGUUACAAGAUAUUGCCUCAACUGGAAAGGCACUUGAAAACAAUGAAGCUGGUGCAAGAGAGGGCCUUAUUGAACUUGGCCGCGCUUUGGUCGCGCAGCUGGAAAUCCCGAGCGAGUUCAUACAGCACAGCUUCUGGGCACAGCCCGCUAUGUCCUCCAUCAUCCGCCUUGCCGUCGAUAUCAAUUUGUUCCAGCAUCUCAAGGAGGCUGGCGACGCCGGAUUUGAGCCUAAAUUACUGUCUGAGAAGACCGGGGUCGACGUUAUCCUGCUUCAACGCCUCUUACGCCAUCUCGUAACCAUGCACGUCAUCGCAUACUACAACGGAACAUUCCAAAGCACAAUAUUGAGCAACGAGCUGGCGAAGGAAAAAUACCAGCAUAGCAUCUCGUUCUGCUACGAUGCAUCAAGACCAUCCUUUGGGGGUCUCCCCGAACUUUUCAAGAAAACAGGCUACAAAUCUCCUACGCUUGGAGGAACAGACGGUCCAUUCCAGGCCGCACACAACACCCAGCUCCCUUUCUUUGAGUGGCUAGUCUCGACGCCGCCCCAUCUCCAGCAUUUCGAUUCGUUCAUGGCGGCGUACCGAGCCGGUAAGGCUGAUUGGUACGAGCCUGGAUUCUAUCCUGUCUCCGAGCGCCUGAUUACGGACUGGGAUAGUAGCGUCAGCGACGUGCUACUUGUAGAUGUAGGCGGCGGGAGAGGUCACGACGUCGCGGCUUUCACGUCCCGGUAUGGCUCCCACCCUGGUCGGAUCAUUCUCCAGGAUCGAGAGCCUGUCAUUGCUGGCGUGCUGGCUUGUAACAGCAACAAAGUGCAGCGAUUCGAGGUUCAAGCCCAUGACUUCUUCACGCCACAGCCUAUUCAAGCGGCGCGAGCAUACUACCUUCACUCUAUUCUCCACGAUUGGAGCGAUGAGGAUGGGGUGAGGAUCCUACAGAACCUGAUCCCUGCUCUGAAGCCAGGAUAUUCGAGGGUCCUGCUCAAUGAAAUUGUGGUCAGCGAGGAGAAACCGACUUUGGCAGCCACGAGUAUGGAUUUGAUGAUGCUGGCUCAUUUUGCAGUCCGGGAACGAACUGAGGCAGAUUGGAGAGCAAUUUUGGAGAAGGCUGGGCUCCGCGUGGUGAAGAUCUACACUUAUCCUGGGGUUGCGGAGAGCGUGAUUGAGGCAGAGCUUGUUUGA